UUUUGAAGUGGGAUGAUAGAUAAGCGUGUAUAUUCGACAGAUAACUGCUGUACGAUAUAGCCUACCCUCUCAGUUCCAUUAAAAGUGUUUCUAAAAACAACCGAUCGUUUAUCUUACCAGGAAAACAUCAAGGCGUGCUUGUUGGAAUGGAGUCGGUUUACGCCAAGUGCAUCUGUUCAGAUUUGGAAAAAAAAUCUCUCAAUGGAUCAACAAGAUUUCGCUGAUCAAUAUUUUGUUGAAGGCAGCAGUUCACUUUAUUUCACGAAACAUAUUGUUUGAAAAUGAAUUUUGAAAAUGGAGUUCUAAAUGGGACAUACCGAAUAAGGUUUGUCCUCGUUAUGUUGGUGUUGGUUGUAUCCACACACUAUUAUAUUGAAUAUGUUUCCUUCAAUGAUGGUGAAAUCAGUUACACUCGCAUGUCUCCAAGUCCGAAACACAACAUGGCAUCAGUUUACCAACAGGUAUACAAUUUUGAAGAAAUACAAGCAAGAAAUACGAAAAGAAUGAAAUUUCUAAAACAGCAGUGUUACUCGUCAGUUCGAAACCUAGAUAAAAAUGAAAGAUAUAUGCAUGGGAAUUUAAGUAAAGAUAUAUUAAGGUUAUUAACGACGCCUAACCAAUCAAUACUAUAUUGCCGAGUAAGUAAAGCAGGAUCCACGUAUACGCUGAACACUCUUAACCAAAUAUUUCAUUGUGAUUAUAAUUGUUUAGUAAAUUCUUCCAAAAGAAUCUGGGUGUUGCCGUAUGAAAAGAAAAAAAUCGAAAUAAGAAAAUCUUACAAGUUUCUCUUUGUGAGAGAACCAUAUGGUCGAUUAUUUUCUACAUAUUCAAAUAAGUUUUAUCUCCCAAAAGGAUAUUGGCAUCCAAUAGGUACUACUAUCACAAGAAAGUUUAGAGAGAAUCCAUCAAAAGAUAGUCUUGAAUUCGGCCACGAUGUAAAGUUUUCUGAGUUUAUACGAUACAUUGUGGAAGAAUUUGAAGUUGGUCACAAUAUGGACGAACAUAUCAGACCAAUGGCCGGCAAUUGCAAUCCUUGUAGAUAUGAAUUUGAUUUUAUUGGUAAAUUAGAAACAAUGUCAUCAGACUUUGCUUAUCUUAAAAAUGAAUGGAGCAAAAGAAAUAUCAUUAAGAAAUCUCGGAAAGAUCUAGGAAAACAGACAAAUCUAUUUUCAGCAAUGAAUCAUUUUUACUCCACCCUGAAAAAGAUUAAUGGAUCACAUAUUGAGAUAUUUAACCUUUACCAAAGGGCGUGGAGGUACUACCAAAUAACAGCAGUCAUAUCAAAACAUAUUGACAUGCCGUUUUCCAAGAAUAUGACUUUUAAUUUCCAUCAAUUCAAACAGGAACUAGAAAAAGCUAAACAAAUGUCGGAUGUGUAUAAUACUACAGCAGUUAAAGCUCAAAAAUAUGAGGCGAUGGUACAUGCAUAUUCUACUGUUCCUUUGAGAGAUUUAGAACGAUUGAAAAUCUUUGUCAGAGAAGACUGUUUGCUAUUUGGAUACGACGAGAGUCCUGCAUGGUUAUUUGACAGAACAUUAUCUAGUAAUGCAUCAACUACGUUCAACUAUUUCAUCGGCCUUGAUUAAAUAAAAUCGGAUUUUUUAAGCAGGAUAUAUUAUCAUUAAUAAAGAAAAGUUUUCAAUGUCA